AUGAUGUUAAUUAAUCUUUCAAAAACUUUUUUUUAUAUUUCUUUUUUCUAUAAAAUUAUUUCUCAACAAUAUGAUAUAUAUCCUUAUGAAGCUAUACUUCCUAAAGUAAUUAGAAGUGAAUGCCGUUCAUAUGAUGGUAGAAAAGUUUGUAGUGAAUUGUAUAAUUUUCAACCACAUCCUAGAAUAGAAGGUAUGAUUUGUGAACAAUUUGGUCAUUAUUCAUAUCGAUGUUUCUUUAAUAGAGAUGAUUAUAGAUGGGUUGAAAAUAUUUAUAAACCAUUUAUUGAAAGUAUAAAAUUAGAUGAAAAAGAUCCUUUAGUUGGUAGUGUUGAUUAUGAUUACAAAUCAUAUGCAUCAAUUAUUCGUAACACUUGUAUUCAAAAUUGUCCUAUACUUGAUAUUGAAGAAACUAUUCCUGUUGUUCAUAUUCCUUAUGAUUCUACUUCACGUAUAUUUGUUGAAAGUUCCCUUCAAACAGAUAAAUAUGGUAUAACUAAAAAAUAUCAAAAAAUGAUUUUUAUAGAUGGUAAAGAAUAUUUUGUUGAGGUACCCCAACAAAAACCAAUAUUACAAGAUGAUGCUUAUUUAUGUAAUGAAAAAAGGCGCGGCUCAGUUUUAUAUAAUGAAAAAAAAAAUCCUUGUGAAAUUUCUAUUAAUGGAAGAGAACAUUUUUCAAGACCACAUAUACCUAUUAUUAAUCAUAAUAAUUAUUUAAAUUUAUUUGAUGAUAAUGUUUUUGAAAUAUGUGAUUAUGAUAAUGGUUGUAAAUUAACUCGUUAUAAUAUUCCAUUUAAUUUGAAUAGAACAUCAAAUAUAUUUAAGGAAAUGUACCAUAAAUAUGGACAUUUAUAUGAAAAUAAAAAACCUCAAACUACAACAGAUAUUGGUGAUUAUAGUAGACGAUGGGAAAAUUCAUACAGACAAGAAUAUGAUUUUCAAAAAGAAGAGUUAGGUAGAGAAGAACAUAAUAGGCAUUACUCUAGGAGAUGUUACUCAACUGGGCGUUGUAGGCAUAUUAAUAUUAAAAUAACAGAUGAUUGUAAUGAUACAAAUAAAUGUUAUUAUAGCAAUCAAAAUGUUAAUGCCAAUAGAGAUGAAGAAUAUCAAAGGCGUGUUGAAAGUGAUAAACAAAGAAUUGAUAAUAAAAGAGAAAGAAUUAGAAUGGAAACAGAAGCAUCAAGACAAAGAAUAUUACAAUUACAAGAGUAUGCUCGAAGAAUUAGAAUUGAAAGUGAACGUCAAAUAGAAAAAAUUAAACAAGAAAUAGAGGAAAGACGACGUUUUCAGGAACAAACUGACAGAACAAAUGAUAAUCAACGCGAUGAACAACAAUAUCAUAUAAAAGAAAAUUUAUCUCCAACAAAUAAUAAAGUAGAAAUAUUAUCUAAAAGUUGUAAUUAUGAUAUUAAUAUAAGAUCAUGUUAA